CCCUAGUCUGCCUCCGGCCGCCCCCGCUCCAGGCCUUCUGGGGUGCCGCAGGCCCCCCUCCAUCAGGGACAGGAAGACUUGGGACAAGUUUCCUUCCACCCUGGUGCUUCUCACUCUCAUCCCUCCGCCUUCCUUUUCCUUCCUUCCCUCCCUCCCUUUCUCUCGUCCUCUCUCUUCUCUCUCUUCGCUCCUUCCACCACCUCUGCCCUAGCUCCCUGGGGGCCCCUUACCCGGGACCCCAUGCCCUGGGCCUGCAGUGCCCCCCUCCCUCUGCCUCCUGAGAUGCCCCCCUCCGGGCUGUUGGCUCUCUUGCUGCUGGUGGGCCUGGGUGGAGGGGUGCUGGGGGGCCCGGCAGGGGAGCGGGGUGCUGGGGGCGGAGGGGCACUGGCAAGAGAGCGCUUCAAGGUGGUCUUUGCCCCCGUCAUCUGCAAGAGAACUUGUCUGAAGGGUCAGUGCCGAGACAGCUGCCAGCAGGGCAGCAACAUGACCCUCAUCGGCGAGAAUGGACACAGCACUGAUACGCUCACCGGCUCCGGCUUCCGAGUGGUGGUGUGCCCUUUGCCCUGCAUGAACGGGGGCCAGUGUUCAUCUCGAAACCACUGUCUCUGCCCCCCGGACUUCACCGGCCGAUUCUGCCAGGUGCCAGCAGGCAGCGCGGGGGCGGGCUUAGGCCGGGGUGGGGCUCUGAGUGGCCCCCCACCCCCUGCCCCUGAGGGGGAGCCGGUGGCCAGCAAGCAUGCCAUCUAUGCAGUCCAGGUGAUCGCAGACCCCCCUGGUGCAGGGGAGCAGCCCCCGGCCCAGCACGCAGCCUUCCUGGUGCCCCUGGGGCCUGGCCAGAUCUCAGCCGAAGUGCAGGCACCUCCGCCCCUGGUGAAUGUGAGAGUUCACCACCCCCCAGAGGCCUCCGUCCAAGUUCACCGCAUCGAAGGGCUGAGCGCUGAGGGCCCUGCACCCCCCCAGCACCUCCUCCCCCACCCCAAGACCCCCCACCCCCGGCCCCCCACUCAGAAGCCCCUGGGCCGCUGCUUCCAGGACACGCUACCCAAGCAGGCUUGUGGCAGUAACCCACUUCCAGGGCUGACCAAGCAAGAAGAUUGCUGUGGAAGUAUCGGCACAGCUUGGGGUCAGAACAAAUGUCACAAGUGUCCCCAGCUGCAGUACACUGGCGUGCAGAAACCAGGCCCCGUGCGUGGGGAGCUGGGGGGUGACUGCCCCCAAGGUUACAAGAGGCUGAACAGCACCCACUGCCAGGACAUCAACGAGUGUGCUAUGCCAGGCAUGUGCCGUCACGGAGACUGCCUCAACAGCCCAGGCUCCUACAGAUGUGUCUGUCCCCCUGGCCACAGCCUUGGCCCCUCUCGAACCCAGUGUCUGGCUGAGAAGCCAGAGGAGAAAAGUCUCUGUUUCCGCCUGGUCAGCCCUGACCUGCAGUGUCAGCACCCGCUUACCACCCACCUGACCCGCCAGAUGUGCUGCUGCAGCGUGGGCAAGGCCUGGGGAGCCCGCUGCCAACGCUGCCCUGCUGACGGCACUGCUGCUUUCAAAGAGAUUUGCCCAGCUGGAAAAGGUUACCACAUCCUGACCUCCCACCAGACACUCACCAUCCAAGGAGAAAGUGACUUCUCCCUGUUCCUGCACCCAGAUGGGCCCCCCAAAUCCCAGCAGCUCCCAGAGAGCCCCAGCCGGGCCCCGCUGCAGGAGGAGCUGGAGGAGGAUAAAGGGGUGACCACGGACUCCAUGGACUCCGAGGAGCGCUCAGCUCAGCAGGGCCAAUCCCCCGUCACCACGCUGCCGCCGGUGCGCCCCUACCCAGAGCUGAUUUCCCGCCCCACCCCGCCAGCUGUGCACAGAAUCCCUCCCGAUCUGCUCCCAUCAAGGAGCGCCGUGGAGAUCGCUCCAACCCAGGUCACAGAAACUGACGAGUGUCGGGUGAACCGUAACAUCUGCGGCCACGGAGAGUGCGUCCCUGGCCCCUCGGGCUACUCGUGCCAGUGCUAUCCAGGCUACCGGCCCCAUCCGCAGCAGAUGUACUGCGUCGAUGUGAACGAAUGUGAGACUGAGCCCUGCGGAGUCGGGAAGGGCGUCUGCAUGAACACGGGAGGCUCGUACAACUGUCACUGCAACCGGGGCUACCGGCUACAAGUCACCCCGAGCGGCCGCUCCUGCGUGGACCUCAAUGAGUGCGUGAAGCCCCACCUGUGCGGGGACGGCGGCUUCUGCAUCAACUUCCCCGGGAACUACAAGUGCAGCUGCUAUCCAGGCUACCGGACCAAGCCGUCCCGGCAGCCGCUGUGCGAAGACAUCGAUGAGUGCCGGGACCCCAGCUCGUGCCCAGACAGCAAAUGCGAAAACAAACCUGGCAGCUUCAAGUGCAUCGCGUGCCAACCUGGAUACCGGAGUCAAGGGGGCGGGGCCUGUCGGGACAUGGACGAAUGUGCCGAGGGCAACCCCUGCCAGCCAGGCUGGUGCGAGAACCUCCCCGGCUCGUACCGGUGCACGUGCGCCCAGGGCUAUGCGCCGGCCCCAGACGCCCGCAGCUGCCUGGAUGUGGACGAGUGCGAGGCCGGGAACGUGUGCGAGCACGGGGUCUGCACCAACACCCCCGGCUCCUUCCAGUGCCAGUGUCUCACGGGCUACCACCUGUCCCGGGACCGGAGCCGCUGCGAGGACAUUGACGAGUGUGACUUCCCAGCGGCCUGCAUCGGAGGUGACUGCAGCAAUACCAAUGGCUCCUACCGAUGCCUCUGUCCCCCAGGCCAUCGGCUGGUGGGUGGCAGGAAGUGCCAAGACAUCGAUGAGUGUAGCCAGGACCCAGGACUGUGCCUCCCCCACGGAGCCUGUGAGAACGUGCACGGCUCUUACGUGUGUGUCUGUGAUGAGGGCUUCACUCCCACCCAGGACCAGCACGGCUGUGAGGAGGCCGAGCAGCCACACAACAAGAAAGAAUGCUACCUGAACUUCGAUGACACCAUCUUCUGUGACAGCGUCCUGGCCACCAAUGUCACCCAGCAGGAGUGCUGUUGCUCGCUGGGCGCUGGCUGGGGGGACCACUGCGAGAUCUACCCGUGCCCCGUCUACAGCUCAGCUGAAUUUCAUAGUCUCUGUCCAGAUGGGAAAGGUUAUAUCCAAGAGAACAACAUAAUCAGCUAUGGCAUUCCAGCUCAUCGGGACAUCGAUGAGUGUGUGCUCUUUGGAGAGGAGAUCUGCAAGGAAGGCAAGUGUGUCAACACUCAGCCAGGCUAUGAGUGUUACUGCAAGCAAGGCUUCUACUAUGACGGGAACCUGCUGGAGUGCGUGGAUGUCGAUGAGUGUCUGGAUGAAUCCAAGUGCAGGAAUGGCGUGUGUGAGAAUACCCGAGGUGGCUACCGCUGCUCCUGUACCCCUCCCGCGGAGUACAGCCCUGCCCAGCGCCAGUGUCUGAUCCCUGAAGAGACGGAUGUGGAUGAAUGUCAGGAUCCCGGAGCCUGCCAGCAUGGACGCUGCAUUAACCUCCCCGGCUCUUUUCGCUGUGAGUGCCACCUGCCCUGGGUUCCAGGGCCCACUGGACGGGACUGUCAGCUCUUAGAGAGCCCAGCAGACAGGCCCCAGGAGCGGAGGGAUGUGUGCUGGGGCCAGCGAGGGGAAGAUGGCAUGUGUGCGGGGCCCCUGGCUGGCCCUCUCCUGCCUUAUGAGGACUGCUGCUGCCGUCAGGGCCGAGGCUGGGGGGCCCAGUGUCGUCCCUGCCCACCACGGGGGCCAGGACUUCAGUGUCUGAACUCCCAGAGCGAAAGUAACUCUUUUUGGGACGUGAGCCCCCUGUUCCUGAGGAAGCCCCACCGAGAAGAGGACAGCUCCGAGGAGGACUCGGACGAGUGCCGCUGCGUGAGCGGCCGCUGCGUGGCCCGCCCGGGGGGCGCGGUGUGCGAGUGUCCCGGCGGCUUCCAGCUGGACGCGUCCCGCACGCGCUGCGUGGAUAUUGACGAGUGCCGCGAGCUGAACCAGCGGGGGCUGCUGUGCAAGAGCGAGCGCUGCGUCAACACGAGCGGCUCCUUCCGCUGCGCCUGCAAGGCCGGCUUCGUGCGCAUCAGGCCGCACGGGGCGUGCGUGCCCCAGCGCCGCCGCUGAGCCCGGCGCCCGCCCGGCCCGUGUACAGAGCCCUGGAGAGCCGGACGAGGAGCAGCGAGCCGGGGGGAGGGCUGGGAAGGCUUCCCUCCUCGGAAGGGGGCUCCCGUGCGAGCUUCCCCCUCCUUGCUCUCAGAGGGCCGAGGCCGGCUACGAACCGCCUUCGGGGACCCUGCAGCUCUGAGGGACGUGCCAGGGUCCCAAGGGGACGUCAUGCCUGGAGCUGCCCCAGUGGAGGGCUGUUUGACUGUGUGGACACGGCCUGGCUAUAGACUGCCAGCUUGCUGGGGCAGGCACCUGCACCAGGCUCUUAGGAGAUUGUAUCUUAGUAACAGAAGCCGAGACACCUGCUCCCUACCAGUGGGUGUGACUGAUUCUGCCCACCCACCGCGAUGGUUAUGGGAAGCCCGCAGAGAUAAAGUUCGCCUGUUUACUCCUCCUUCAA